GAAUCGGUCAACAGUGCGGUCGGCAAGGCUUAGGGAAGCCCGAUUGAGUCGUCUUCCUCCGUCUCUCCCCGGCUUUAAGCGGAGGGAAAUUCUCCCAUCACUGCUUACCGUUCGACCCGAGUCCUCCUUUGGCCGGCCACGAAGAGGAAGAACGAAAGAGAAGGGAAAUCGAGAUCUAUCGUUAAAGCAAGCGAGAAAUAUUGGUGGUGUCUUUCUUCCAUUUGUUUGAUGCUUCUUCUCGCCCACGAAGAAUAAGAUACCCUCCAUCCAGAAGUCGAGGGUGCUUCCAGAUCGGGAAGAUGAUAACGCGCUCGAAUCUCGCGGAUCAGCUGCGGGAGUACCAGAUUCGUUCCAAGUAUGAGUGGGCCACCGCCUCCUUCCUCUCCUCCUCCUCCUCCUCCUCCUCCUCCUCCUCCUCGUCCAAUGCCUCUUCAAGGGUGGAUGUGAUAUUUGUGAUAUGGGAGCUGUUGAUGUUUGCUUUUCUUGUUUUCUCUGGAGUUGCUCUGUAUUUCCGGUAUAUGAGGCUUGCUUUUUCCUUGAUAUGCAUUACAACUCUUAUUCUUGUUUGCAUGAAAAUAACAAAGCAAGUAAGACAAAACAGGAAAAGUAAGCGAAGAAUGCUGCUGCCAUUGUCAAUGUAAAACUAUAGGCAACCAACCUUUUGAAAGGCUAUCUUACGUCUGUGCAAAAGAUCGUUUCCUGGUGUUGUGACUGAAAAUUUUGACUGGUAUAUAAUUCCAUCUUGGUGUAUGUUUUCUUUCAAAGAACACUCGGAAGAAGAUAAUGCUAAACAUAUAUUGCAAGGGAAGUAUAACAAAGCCCCUUUGCAAUUUUCAGCGCAAGUGCUUGCUUGUAACUUGCAAGGCUGCAUUCAAGGUCUGUAUCGUUGCAAGAUUUCAUGUAUUUGGCCCUACCUUAAGUAAGCAGUCUUUGCUUUCAUUGUUAAACCUUUUUCAUAUACUGUAUGAUGAGUUAGAAAUUGAUGAUUAGUUUAGUUCAAUGGUGGAAGCCAAUUAUCUUUAAUUCUUUCCAGCAAAUGUAUAAACUGUUAAGUCAAACUAUGCUCUGUUAAUGAGUUAUUCAGCUUGGUAUA